AUGGUCGUCAAGGAGAUCAAGAACCGUGAAGACUUCAACAAGGCCAUUGCCACCGAGAAGCUCGUUCUCAUCGACUGCUUCGCCACCUGGUGCGGCCCCUGCAGGGCCAUCGCCCCCGCCGUCGAAAAAAUCAGCGUGGAACGCACCGCAGACGUUGACGUCUACAAGGUCGAUGUUGACGAGUGCUCUGAUAUUGCUGCCGAGCUAGGCGUCAGAGCCAUGCCUACCUUCUUCUUCUUCAAGAACGGCGAGAAACUCGAUUCCGUUGCUGGUGCCGCGGAGGCACCUCUCGUUGCUGCCAUUGACAGGUUCAAGUAA